UGGAACGGAGCGAGUAGCAUAUAGUAUACAGAUAAAAGAAUCGUAGAACGGCGACCGCCUCCAAAUUGUGGCGACAAUCGCAAAUAAAUUGCCCUUUUCUUCCACUCAUCAUCCUCCCCAUUCCCAUUUCUUAAAUCCACAACUCCCAUUUCUUAAAUCCACAACCUCUCUCGAAUUGAUUUUCCAGCUCCCAAGAGAACACAGGAGAUCAAAGCGACGAUUCUAAAAAAGGAAUGGUGGACAGCAGCAUCUUUUCAAAGCUGGCAGACGAUAUCGUUCUGACGAUCUUCUUCAAGUUAGAAGACGAUCCACGCAACUGGGCUCGUUUAGCUUGUGUAUGUACCAAAUUUACCUCUCUCAUACGCAACAUCUGCUUUAAAGCUAAAUGCCACAGAACCAUUCCCUCCGUCGUCUCCGAUCUCCUCGCCUCCUCUGACGGUGCUAUUCCUGGCGGAUGGUCUUCCCUUCACAAGCUCUCCGUCUGCUGCCCUGGCCUCCUCCACGCCGGCUUUCUUCUCGAGCACUCCGAUUUCGGCCUCGAACGCGAACUCGGCCCCGACGAUAACUACCAUAAAACAUCAGUUUCCAGAACGACAUCGUCACAACCACCACCACCACCACCACCACCACCAGGACCAUCCUCUGAUUGUAGUAAUACUAAUAAUAAUACUCAAAACAACGAUUGCUCUUGGUCGUUAUUCGAUGACCUGUAUUACGACACCAUUUACGAUGUAUCUGAAUCAGAAGAUGUGAAUGGGAGCGCCGAUGUGGUUAGUAUUAAUCGCGACGAUAAAACAGUGCUUAAAGGGGGUGGUGUUUGUAAAAGAAGGAAAAUCUCAAGGUCUUUGAGGUCCCAUUUGGCGUCUGGUGUAUGGAAUUUAAGCAGAGAACAAGGGAAUAAGUUAUUAGCGAGCAGGUUUAGAGGGGAUUCCUUGUACAUAUGUGAUUGGCCAGGCUGCGUUCACAUUGAAGAGAAGCGGAAUUAUAUGCUAUUCAGAGGGAUUUUUAAGAACUUUAAGAGGUCUAGGGUUUGGAGAACCAUAAACGAUGGGAAUAGGCGUAAGAUUGAUUUGAAUUGUGCGUUUUGUGGAUGUAAAGAGACUUGGGAUCUGCACUCUGCGUUUUGUUUGAGGAGGGUUUUUGGAUAUCAUGAUGAUGGUGAGCCUGUUGUACGAGCUUAUGUUUGUGAGAAUGGGCAUGUCUCUGGUGCUUGGACCGAUGUGCCAUUGUACACUUGAUGAUGCCAAUUCUUUACGCCCUCCCAAUUUAUGAUUCUGUGGAGCGAUUUGAAUUG